ACUCUACAGUAGGUUGUGUCGCUGUCGUAUUCCACAGCCUCCAGUUGAACCUCCAUGACCACAAUGUCCGCGAACGUCUGGAAGUAGUACAACAGCGUCGGGUUGUCGGCGUUCCCCAGUACCGCGACGGCCGCCACCGUGUAGUUGCCCUCUUCAGCGAAGGACAGCUCGUCCAGCGUCUCAAAGUAGGUCGCUUCCGAGCUGGAGAAGUUGCCCGACUGCGCGGUCGUGAACGUGUCGCUGCCCAGGAUGCUGGGCGUGCACUGAUGCCGCGACGCGCAGGUGCGCACGUAGGUGGAGAGGAUCUGCACGUGCCGGCCGGCGUUGUCCGCACUGAGCGUGGUCAUGGCGUCAGGAGGCACAGGCACAUCCAUGGCGUUGCUUGAGUCGGCGUCGAGCUGCAAGCCCCAGAGCAGCGGCACGCUCUGGUUGGGCGCGUAGGACGCGGCCACGAGCGGGAUCGUCACGUUCACGGCGCAGUCCUCGCCGUUGUAGGCGGCUAACGGUAUUAUGAGCGACGCGGAGCCGUCGAUCUCCCAGCAACUGGUCUCCGCCGAGACUAUAGAGAACAGCAGCGCCAUGGCCGCCAUUGCCACGAGGAAGCGCAUGGCGAGCGUCCAGCAAUGGCCAAAACUGGAAGUGGCUCGGGAUCAGCUUUUCUCCAUGAGACCGUGGCGAACUGCCGGGUCGAAUGACUUGGCAUUUGUAUGGGCGUAUCCAUCACGUGCCAGAGAACGGACAUUCCAGUCUCGAGCAAAAAACAGCAGGUCUCCGAUGUCACUCCGCCGCCGCAUGGGCUCCAGUCCAAAGUCUGGACCAGACUCGAGGCUCCAGUGUCUUUGGCUCGAGCCUGGAUGCGGUGGUCGCAGCAUCGAUUGAAGCCUCCGAAGCCGCGAAGCAGCAGACGCGGCAGAGUCGCCUUGACUUGACUUGACUGGCGAAACUGGCGCACUGACAAGGACAGCGAACGACAGCAACUUCAAUUCCAUCGCCCAACGCCACCACCACAGCCGCCAUCGCCAUCACCAACGCGGUGCGGCAUUAGCAGCUGGUUAUGCCCAGAGCACCGAAGCUCGAAGCCGGAGCUCACGUUGUACCGUUCGGAGCGGUACACCAACUUCAUUCUAUGUUUUGGUGGAGUGGCAGCAGCACGACACACCGCGAACUGGCGUUCUUGGACAGUCAGCUCCUACACUGUAAGUCGCAAGGCGCCAGACCUCUCGCCCCCCAGUCGCCAACAGCUCCGCCGCCGCUGCUGCAUUUCGUUCGCGCUUAGUAGCAAGGAAGGAAGUCAAGAGGCCUCGAGCUCGCUAGCGUCCAGCCACCAUGUACGUUCACUACAGUCGACUAGCGCAAAGGCACACCGAUGCUAGUCAAUCGCUGGACUAACUAACGCUAAUGCCAAUGCCAAUGCCAAUGCAGGGUGACGUUCAAGAUGGACGGCAGUACGACGUACUGCUACUACAUCUCGGAGAAGUACUCGCAGGAGCAGCCCGUGGAGGACGACGUGCUGGUGCAGGACUCGGGCAGCGCGUGCCCCAUCACCAUCCGCGUGGACAUCGCCGACGAGCUCGAGAAGAACGCGCUGAUCCCGCUGCGCUACACCGCGACGCUGGACACGUCGUCGGCCGACGCCAACUUCGAGUUCCCCGACCCGAUCGUCAAGGUGCCCGUGCCCGAGUACCUCAUGGGCAACACGAACGCGUCCGCCGAGUCCUCGGGCAGCACCAACGAGACGACGUACGACGUGGCCGUGGCCAACGUCGUCAUGUGCGACUGGCGCAGUUGCAACCUCUUCUCCACGGCUUCCGAGAGCGCUACCUACUACUCGUCCAGCAACAACCCGAACGACUUCACCGACAACGUGGCGGUGUUCGGCUCCCAGGAGCUCGUGAUCCCCAAGGACGGAAAGUACACUGGCUACGUGCACCUCGUGGUCAACAUUGCCGGUAACUCGCGCGCCGACUUUGUGACCUUCUUCCCCGUUCAGAUUGGCGACGUGGCUGGUACAACGCCGAGCAGUAUCACCACCGACGGUACGACCACGUACUGCUGGACAUCCAAGGAUGUGUCGGUGUUUGAUCCCAGUGUUGCGGGCGACCUCACCAUUCGAACGGGGGAGUACUGUCCUGGUUCAAUGUCGAUGUCGCUCUCGUCGACUGAAGUGUACGUCGGUGACACCAUCGACAUCGCCUGGAUGCUCGACAUGUCCGACUCAACCACCGACGACUCGACGUUGAUUGCCGAGGUGUCCACUACGGAUGCGAUCCUAGACCCGCGUACCGACAUCUACUCGGUUGUUCCAGUGUCGGUGUUUAGCGGCUGCCAGCGCAACUUGGCCGGCGCUAACUGCUCCACUUACACGGGUGAAGAAUCGUCGACGUUUGCCAUCGCGGAGUAUGAUGACAUGAACCUCACGAGCGACGCCGUCAGCUACUCCACGAACUACACGUUUGAUACGUCCGGGCAGUUUACGAUGUUUGGCCGAGUGGCCAUGGUGACCGUCGAUGGCGAGCGUAUCGACAUGGCUAUCUACUCGAGCGUGACAGUUUCGGUGCAGGGUGGCAGCAGCGGUAGCUACCUGUUCCUGUACGUUGGUAUCGCCAUUGGCGCUGUGAUUCUGCUGGCUGGUGGCUUCUUCUGCUACAUGAAGAAGCGCCGCAACAAUGUGGACACGAAGGAUAUCCCCUUCCGCCAACCUGUCAGUGGGCUGGAGCGCUCGAGUGACUACACUAUGGCGUCCUCGAACUUCCUGUCGCACAAGACGCCUGCACAGCUGCAGGGGCUGGACAUGAGCGGCGACUACAGCACCAACAAGACGGCCCCGUCCUACCUUGCUGUGAACGCCGCGGAUAGCGGCGUAUUUGACAAAACAAUUCACGCGGAGCCUGGCCAAAUCCCUGCGUCUUUGGAAAGCAGCGAGUCUUUGUCGCUGAACCCGUUUGAGCGCGCUAGCUUUGCUGGAUUGAGCGAUGACGUUGCAAGCUCGCGGCCUUCGGAGAUGACCAAGUUUUCGUUCCAGUCUGGAUAUUCCGAUGAAACCGAGUGGGAGUACGACACGAGCGACCUCCGAGGCGGCAGCGACUUCAGUGACUUCUCGUCGGACCCAGGCACUAGCCUUCCUGCUUCCACCGAUUUCGACAUGGGCCGUGGUACCAAUAUGCCCAUUCUGGAGGAGGACGACCUGGCCGGCAACAGCUUCAGCCACGACCACCACCCGUCCAGCUCCACUAACGACCCGCGCAGCUCGACCAGUUCCGGUUGGACUGUGCAGUAAAUCACGCAUUGACUUGUCGACUGCGGGAUUUACAAGUAGCUUCGUGGAUUUCGCAGCAGUAAGGAUGACAUCGCUUUGUUCCGCAAAGCACGUGGGUGAAUGGAGUGUUCCGAGUUUUUAUUAUUAUCAAGCGCAAGGACGAUUUUGUAGGGGGUGCGAGCUUCGGUGAAUUGGAAGAGGGGUAGUAGUGCGCGGAAGGCUGCAGGCCAAAUGGAAGCCGGUGAGUGGCAUCCCUAGCAUGCUUCCAUCCCCUUCAUAAGUGUGAAUCCGAAGCACAAUAGAGAUCAUCAAGUCUAAAUGAGAAUAUGCGUCUAGCAAUUUCAUCCAGCUUCAUGUAUUUACGCAAGCCUACUCCCAACUUCGCACAACUUCUCUUCAACUAACCCCUGCCCGACACCCUCACUAAACUAAACAGCGAUGUGUGCGUGGCCAUCAGACCCGUGCAUAGCCGGAGGACUUGCCAGCUCGUCGUCAGCCUCUUCAAUGGCGCCGUAGGCUUCUGGCUGAAUUGACAGCAGUACAGCUCGAUCAGUGGCCGAUGUUGAAGACGGCGCAGCGUAUUGAGACGGGCGUUCGUUGGAAGAGUACGACGAAGAUACCGAUCCGUGCCGUGUGCGGCCUCGAUUGACAGAGUCUACGUCCACGGAGAGCAGCGACGACAGCGACGCCAUGCGAUCCUGCUCCUUGAACGAGUCCACAUGACCCACAGAGUGGAAGUGCGCUUGCAGAAUGACCUUGAGUUCGUCCUGGAUGCAGAGGAUGCGAGCUUCCAAGUCCACAUCGUUCGCAUCGGGGCCAAACGGACACUCAAUGGAGGAAGCCACAUUGUCCAGCGCAAAGAGCAGCACCGCCGCAAUGCCCACGUACAGCGGCGUCAUGAAUCCAAACAUCGGCGCCAACGUCGCCCCCAUGAGCAGCAAAUAGCCGACAAAGCACGCGUGCAAACACUGCGCCAAGUUGAAUGCAAUAGGCACAUUGCACAGGUUGAAGAUCCUCGUGUACAUCUGGGGCAGCGUCGACACGAUCUUGUUGAGCUCCAUGGCCUGCUCCACCGUCACGUAGCUCUUCCUCCUGGCGCGGUUGAUUGUGCGUCGCAGCCAGAGCUCCACGAUCGCCGCGCGCAUCUUGUUGGCCGAGCCCACGACGUUGCGCUCGCGGUUCCACGUGUGCUCUCCGAGCGUGAGCACUUCGGUGCUGGAGAACUCGUCCGCCUCCUUCUGCGUGAGCAGCGCGCGCAGCUCCAGCGGCGCGUCGCUCUCGUUGCAGUCAUGGAACACCAGCGUCACGUACAGCAGGAUGUAGCGCUUGACGUCGCGGAUGAACUGGCACUUGUUACGGAUCUGCGCGCGGUCGGCCACGCCCUUGCGCGAGAAGUGCACGAAGGCGCAGGCGGUGGCCGUCAGCGUGCGCGCAGCGUCGGCGAACGCGCUGACGUCCUCCACGCCGCGUUGCCACUGGCCCAGCGCCGCGAACACGCGCAGACCCACGAGCACCGCCAGGAACACCGACGCGCAGAGCAGCAGCGGCUGCAGCGCCUCCGUGGGCAGCAGCGUCGGCUUCUCACGCUGCAACGCGGCCAGCCCCGCCGCAAGCGCCGCUACCAUGGCCGCGCGGCAUAGUGUGGAGGGAGCGGCGAUGGCCGACCCGUGCGAGUACAGCAGCAGCCGCCAGAGGAUGUGGUUGCUGUAGUAGAUCAUCGCCCGGAACCUUGAU